AUGCCCACUGUUCACCUGCUGGACUAUGUUGCCGGCAACAUCAGGAGUCUAGUCAAUGCCAUUGAGAGGCUCGGCUACGAAGUAGAAUGGGUCAGAUCACCAGAGCAGGUCGCCAAAGCCGAGAAACUUAUCCUUCCAGGCGUCGGCCAUUUUGGACACUGCCUAUCCCAGCUCUCCCAGGCAGGCUACCUGCCCGCGAUCAAGAAGCACAUUGAAGAUGGCAAGCCUUUCAUGGGCGUCUGCGUGGGACUCCAAGCACUGUUCGAGGGCUCUGCUGAGGAUCCUGAUGUGGCCGGCCUCGGUAUCAUUAAGGGCUCGCUAGGCCGCUUCGAUGACUCGACCAAGUCGGUCCCGCACAUUGGCUGGAACAGCGCAAACACAGGCGGCAGGCCCAUGUACGACCUGCGACUCGACUCCAAGUACUAUUACGUCCACACCUACAACCUGCCGUAUGUCACAGGGGAGCUUGAGUCUCAAGGCUGGACCGUCGCCACGGGCACCUACGGAACUGAGACAUUCGUGGGCGCUGUCGCGAAGGGGAACGUCUACGCUACACAAUUCCAUCCCGAAAAAUCUGGCGUCGCCGGUCUCCGCACCAUCCGUGCGUUUCUAACAGGGGAGGGGGCUGCGUCUCUCAGAGACGCAGUUGAUGGCGUGCCCAACGGUGUGCCUGCCGACGUCAAGGGUGGACUCACUCGCCGUGUCAUUGCCUGCCUCGACGUCCGCACCAACGACAAUGGCGACCUCGUCGUCACCAAGGGCGACCAGUACGACGUCCGCGAAAAGUCGUCUGAUCGAACCGUUCGCAACCUCGGAAAACCCGUCGAGCUUGCCAAGCGCUACUACGAGGACGGCGCCGACGAGAUUACCUUUCUAAACAUCACGUCCUUCCGCGAUUGUCCCGUUGCCGACCUCCCCAUGCUCGAGGUUCUCCGUCAGACGUCCAAGACCGUUUUCGUCCCCCUGACCGUCGGCGGUGGCAUCCGAGACACGGUUGACACCGACGGCACCAAAGUGACGGCGCUUGAGAUCGCCACUAUGUAUUUCAAGUCAGGCGCCGACAAGGUCUCCAUCGGCUCCGAUGCCGUCAUCGCCGCCGAGGAGUACUACUCGCUCGGUCGCAAGCUCUUUGGAAACACGGCCAUUGAGCAAAUCUCUCGUGCCUACGGCAACCAGGCUGUCGUCGUCAGCCUAGAUCCCAAGCGCGUGUACGUGCCCAAGCAUGACGCCACGCGCCACAACGUCAUCUCGACGCGCUUUCCCGGUCCCAAGGGUGAGGCCUUCUGCUGGUAUGCCUGCACCAUCAAGGGCGGCCGGGAAACGCGCGACAUGGACGUCGUCGAGCUUGCGCAGGCCGUCGAGGCCAUGGGAGCCGGCGAAGUGCUGCUCAACUGCAUCGACAAGGAUGGCUCUAACAGUGGCUUCGACCUCGAGCUCAUUGCCCAGGUCAAGGCGGCAGUCAAGAUCCCUGUCAUCGCCUCCAGCGGCGCCGGAAACCCGAGCCACUUCGAAGAGGUUUUCAAGAUGACCACCACGGACGCGGCUCUAGGAGCAGGCAUGUUCCAUCGUGGCGAGUACACGGUCAAGCAGGUCAAAGACUUCCUGAGCGAAAAGGAGCUGUUGGUGCGAAGAUUCGAUGGCGAGCUGGACACAAAAAAAGGGGAAUAG